AUGGAAGGCAAUUAUGUGAGAAGAGAUCGCAAGCAUGGAGAGGAAAACUUGAGCUACGAGGAGCAUUCGUGGGCAAGCUCAUGGCCAGCGAGAAAUUACUCAUGUAGCUUCUGCAAGAGAGAGUUCAGAUCAGCUCAAGCUUUGGGAGGUCAUAUGAACGUGCACAGGAGAGAUAGGGCUAGAUUGAGAUCGGGCAUAAUACCUCCCUUAUGGCUUAAUUCCGAAUCUCUUAAAUCUAACCCUAUAACCUCUAGGCCACCUUCUAACCAUACUGCCUUAUCUUCUCAUGAGCUUUUCGAUCACGUUUGCUCACAUCGCUCUGAAAUCCACCAUGCCCCUUCUCCCGCUUUGUCGUCUUCUUCGCCCUCCUUUGCUUCUGCAAGUGAUGAUAAGAAGCCACCCAUGCUCGGCACAUCUUCCAAGCUCCCUCUUUUGAGCCCUCAAAGAAGAGAAAUUAUCGUGAGUGGUGAGAUCACGAGGAGUAGUUUUGGGGUUGACGAGGAAUUGAAGGACUGUGCAAAAGAGAAAGGGCUUAAGGGUUUCGAGAACAUCAAGGAGGAUGACGAUGAUAAUAUCACGUUGGAGCUGGGUUUAGGGUUGGUUCAACACCCAAAGGAGCAAAUAGAUUUGGAGCUUCGACUCGGCCAUUUCUAG